AUUAAUCGUAAUUUUAAUUUUCUGUCAAUCGAUGGGACUCAAUAAACCAUGUUUUCUUCUAACAGUUAUAGCUGGGAUGGAGAGAUUUGCAUUCAAAGGGGUGGCGUCAAAUUUGGUGACGUAUUUAACGGACGUUAUGUACAUGAGCAAUUCGUCGGCGGCGAAAUUCGUGAAUACCUGGGUUGGAUUCACGUCGAUGUUGCCGUUGAUAGUAGCGACGUUAGCCGACUCUUACUGGGACCGUUACACCACAAUUCUCGCCUCUUCUGUGCUCUACGCUGCGGGGCUGUUAGCAUUGACAUCGACGGCGGUGAAAUGGCCAUGGAAUCCGACGGCCAAAAAACAUUCGAUUUUGUCUCUAUCGUGGUCGUUAUAUAUGAUUUCACUCGGACAAGGGGGCUAUAACCCCUCCUUACAAGCCUUUGGUGCCGACCAGCUCGAAAACGAAGAAGAAUUGCCUCGCACUAAUAAUAAUAAUAAUACGGAAGAACCGAAAAAAGACAAGAAAAGCUUGUUUUUCCAAUGGUGGUACUUUGGGAUAUGUUGCGGUAGCCUCAUGGGUGUUUCGGUCAUGUCGUAUAUACAAGACACUUUUGGUUGGGGACUCGGAUUCGCUAUUCCCACGUUUUCCAUGAUUGCGUCGAUUCUAAUGUUUUUGUGUGGAAACCGGUUUUAUAAGCACAAGCAUAAAAGGAACGAAGAUGGCAAUUUUUUCGAGGAUAUUGUCCGGUCAAUCAAAUCGACCGUUUCUAAAUUGGUCAACGGUCGGAACAAUGGCAUUGAGUACACGAAGGUUGAAUUAGAACUUCAGGAGAAAGCCCUAUGUAACAAUCAAGACGAAGUUAUUCAACACGAAGAAGAGAGAGUAAAUCCUCUUAGAGAUGCGAAGAUAAUUCUUCGUCUAUUGCCCGUUUGGAUAAUGCUACUAAUGUUUGCGGUGAUUUUCCAAUUGCCGGUGACUUUUUUCACCAAACAAGGCAUGGCAAUGAAGCGAAACAUUGGUAAUUUCAAAUUCGAAAUUCCGCCAGCCGCCCUUCAAAGCUCGAUCACCGUCUCGAUAAUAGUGUUAAUGCCUUGGUACGACACGUUCUUCGUACCGUUGGUGCGUAUUUUCACGCGCAACGAAAAGGGGAUCUCCGUUAUGCAGAGGAUGGGGAUAGGGAUGUUUUUGUCCGUAAUCGCAAUGAUAAUCGCAGCGAUCACGGAGCAGAAACGAAUGGAGAUUGGUAAAAAUAACGGACAAGAAUUGUUGAGCAUAUAUUGGUUGCUUCCUCAAUAUAUAUUGUUGGGUAUUUCGGACAUAUUUACCGUCGUGGGAAUGCAGGAGUAUUUUUACUCCGAAGUGCCGGUCCGUAUGAGGACAAUGGGAAUUGCGCUUUAUACGAGUAUCUUUGGAGUUGGGAGUUUCUUGAGCGCGCUUCUUAUUUCCGUGAUCGAGUGUUUGACGACUUCUAAAGAAACGUACGACAAUUGGUUUUCGGACGAUAUGAGUAAAGCUCGGUUGGACAAGUACUAUUGGUUCUUGGCCUUCACUAGUGCAAUAAGCUUGCUUGCUUUUGUUAUUUUUUGUAGGUUUUUUAGAGAGAGAAAAUAAAACAUUAUGGUUAGUUAAUUAAUUAGAAGCCUUGGUUAGUGUAAAUAAUCAGUUGCUUCCAACUUUAAUUUGAUGUGUUGGUUAGUUCAAAUGAUUGCUCAAUGUUCAUGCUUAUUUGGACCGGGUUACAUAUUACUUGUUUUUAGAGUUUCAAGAUUUA